AUGUCGCAAUUCAGGGCGAAAAAGUUCGACAUUGGGUGCUUCACCAACAUCAAGAUCAUCCGCGACCACUCCAAGCGGAAAGCCUUUCGCGAUGCCGAGCCUGAAAGACAAGCCCUCCGCUACAUAAUCCGCAACACCACCCUCCCCGCCCGUACCCGCGCCAUGGCCCAGCUCCAACUGACGCAGAUGCACUGCUACACACGGCCGACGCAAAUCAAGAACAGGUGUAUUCUGGGUGGGAAAGCGAGGGGUGUUUUUAGUGAUUUUAAGAUGACUAGGUAUAAUUUCCGGUUGCAGGCGUUAGCGGGGAAUUUACCGGGUGUGACGAAGGCGAGUUGGUAG